AUGGAAGGAAUGAAGGUGAGGAUGGAUUUGGUUGCAGGUUUAGUGGCUUCCGAUCAUGGCGGAUAUGAUGAUGAUGAUGAAAAGAAUGAAUAUUACUUUUUUACGCAGAGGAAGAGGAAGAAUGAAGGAGGAAAUUCUGACAGGGCAAGUCGAAGUGUCAAAAAUGAAUCAAUGUGGAAGGCUACUAGUGGAGAACAGGAAGUGAUGGAUUACACAUCCAAUGAAAUUAUUGGUCAUAAGACGACUCUUGUCUAUUUUGAGAACAAAACAAAGGAGUCUAAAACCAACUGGAUAAUGCACGAGUAUCGUGCAACAACCCAAGAAACCAAGCAGCCAUAUGAGUGGGUGAUUUGUAGAAUCUUUGAGAGGACUCAGGGGCCGAAGAAAAAGAAGAAGAAGAAUAAAGUUGCUGCUAAAGACGAUCAAGUUCUUACUAUUGAUCAACAAGAUCAAUAUGGAAUACCACUGCAACAAGAGAACAACGAGCUGAUGAUGUCAACUUUUAGUGAUUGUGCCUAUAAUCAAGAAGAAGGUGAUCAUGGUGAAGAUUCAUGGUCACACUAUGCCAACCUUUUGCCCUCCCAUAUUGAAGAAGAUUUUUCUGAAGUAGUUAAUCAUCAUGAUUUCAGCACUACUUCUAUGGAGGAAGAAGAUCAAAAUCAUGGGAAAGAGACCCAAGGGAUGAUCCAAGACUUUAAUUGGGCUUUUAGUGUUUAUAUGGAUCGUGGCCUUGAUGGGUUCUUGGAACAUCAAUUUCUUAACUAG